AGCACGGCUUAUUGGGUGUGACUGGGCACCGUUGGUCACCUUAACAAUUCAUCUUCCACAGAUUCAGAGCCCUAUGACACUCGUCAAUCAAUAACCAAAGAAUAGUUCGCUUCUAGAAGCCUGUGAUCACCCUGCAUGAUCCCCCAACGACCCUGAAGAUCCCGAUAAUCUCAUCAAACCUCGGAUACCCAGUAAGGCGAACCACGGACCAUUCCAAAUUUUGUUCGUCGAUCCUCAACGGGUGAAAUUUGACUUCCCAUUUAUCAGACCACAUCACCCAGCCAUGAAGGCCUGGCAAACCAACUAUUACUACCUUCGUGCCUGCGGGCGGCGAUCAUCAUCAAACGCCUGGAGUGUCGCCCAACGACCAUCCUCACUAAGAGUCAGGGGGAGAUAUCAACAUCGAGCAAACUAUGCAACUAAUCCGCAACACCCCCCGAGGCAGCAGUCGACCACGUUGCCCAUCCUGGGGACGAUUGUCGCUACCGCGGCUGUCACGCUCCUUGCGUCUGAGGCUUGGCGCGGAAGGACGGCCAACAGUCCCGAAGAUGCUAUUAGAGAUGUGCAGUCCGGAUCAUCUAAAUAUGCGGAUGUUCCGACGAUGCUUCGGGCCGUCGAGGAGAUAAAGACAAUUAUCGGACCUGAUAAUGUAAGCGUGGACGCCGACGACAUUGAACUUCACGGAUACUCCGAAUGGUCCACGUCCAACACCACCGCACGACCAAUUGCAGUCCUCAGUCCAGCCACGACAGAGGAAGUAUCCGCGAUCGCUAAAAUAUGCACCAAGUACAAAGUUCCCAUGGUGCCUUUCGGCGCCGGAUCAAGCGUCGAAGGGAACUUCGCUGCUCCUCACUCGGGUGUCUGUAUCGACCUGUCACGGAUAAACAGGGUCAUUGAGCUGUACGAGCAGGACAUGAACGUGACGGUUCAAGCAGGUGUGCGAUGGACCGAUCUAAACGAGGAGAUCAAGUCUACUGGGCUGUUCCUACCCAUGGACCCCAGCCCUACUGCGUAUGUGGGAGGAAUGGUCGCGACCAAUUGCAGUGGCACGAAUGCUAUGCGCUACGGGACGAUGAAGGACUGGGUGGUUAAUCUCACUGUCGUGCUUCCGGAUGGUACAGUGAUCAAGACAAAACGGCGACCGCGCAAGUCUUCUGCUGGGUAUAAUCUGAAUGCACUCUUUACUGGAUCGGAAGGGACACUGGGGAUUAUCACCGAGGCUACGCUCAAACUUGCGAUCAUUCCUGAGGACAGUAGUGUUGGGAUUGCCACAUUUCCCACGGUCGGUGAUGCAACGGCCGCAGCAUCGAAGUUGAUCCGUGAUGGGGUUCCCCUCGCUGCGUUGGAAUUCAUGGACGACGUACAGAUGAAGAUCAUCAACCAGAACGGUGGUGCAGGUGGGAGAUUCUGGUCCGAAGCCCCAACACUCUUCUUGAAGUUCACCGGAUCCCGCACCGCGAUUGACGACAGCGUCCAACGCACGAAAUCCAUCCUAACCAACAACAAGGGCAAUGAGCUAGUGUUCGCAAAGUCCCGAGAGGAAGGCGAUAACUUGUGGUCUGCGAGGAAGCAGUCCCUCUGGGCCAUGCUGGCUGUGAGACCCGAAGGAACCGAAAUCUGGUCUACGGAUGUGGCUGUACCGAUCUCGCGACUGGCUGAGAUCGUUGAGCUAUCAAAAGCCGAGUCCAGUAAUUUGGGCCUGUUCUCCACGGUUCUAGGACAUGUCGGAGACGGCAACUUUCACCAAGCUGUGAUGUACAAUCCCCAGAGUCCCGAGCAAUAUCAGGCUGUCAAGGCGUGCGUCUCGAGAAUGAUGAAACGGGCGCUUGAAAUGGAGGGAACUGUAUCUGGCGAACAUGGCAUCGGAUUAGGAAAGAAGGCCUAUCUCGAGGAGGAACUCGGUACACCGACGAUGCAACUAAUGAGAGGACUGAAACGCAGCGUUGAUCCUCACUGGCUCAUGAACCCCGGAAAGGUCUUUGACGAGCACUUUGAAGGAUAGAAUCGUAUUUUCCCAGUUUGGGGCUCAAUGUACACCCCAAAACAUGAUGGCAUGAUCUUGAGGCUGCAGUAAACACCUCGGCACAAGUCUAGGUGACAGUGUAGGUUUCAAGAGAUCCGUGUGGAUCGAUCCACACCUGAUUGCUAAGCAGAAUGGAGCGAUAUUGAUUACAUACGAUCCUCAUAGUCUACCUCAUCGAUGAAUUUACGUAGCAACCUCCAAGCGAGUAGUAAAUGCAUGCGCAUUGCAACUGACUGGUGACAGAUCAGGCCAACCACGGGUUGCCCCGGGCAGCG